CAUUACUUUUGGUUUCUUUCUUUUUUAGGGCUAACAAUACAAUAUGUGUUAUGUUAUUUUUAAGCAAGCGGAAAUAAUUUUAUGUUUAACCGUGGCUUACUUUAACUGUUCUAGUGCAGAGAAAAAGACUGACAAGAAGCAACAGUGACUGGAAACUGGGACAAGGAAAGUGACAUCAAAGGCUGAAGAUCAACCAAUAGUUGUGACAUGCAGAAGAAAUUCAGCGGUCCACUCCCUCCAUCGGCAUUGCAUAGCAACACAGGGAACUUGCUUUUUGAAGAACAUCCAGUUUCUAAUGGUGGAUGACAUCACUGUUUACUACUAUAAAAGUGGUUCUAGCGAAGAUCCAACAGUGCCGGCAUGGCUGAACCAUACAGAGGGCUUGGAAUUGUGGAAGCAAGUCAGCCUGAAUCUUAAGUUCAACAGACAUGUGAUGGACACUGCAGUCAGACUGACUGCAGAGCAUUUCAACCAUUCAGACGAUCACACAUAUCAGGCUCAUGGUCACUGUGAAUUGAACCCAGAUGGAACUAGCAGGUCUUUCAUGAGCCAUGCAUAUGACGGCACGGAUUUUGUCAGCUUCGAUGUCGAGAGGAAAUCCUGGGUCGCAGUCGUCCCACAGGCCGUCUUCUACAAACAAAGACGGGAAUCGGACAUACAAGAUUUACAUCGUCUCAUUGCUCACUAUGAGUCUGGUUGCAUAAACUGGCUGAAGAAGCUUUUGGAGUAUAGUAUAAGUGUACGGAAAACAAAAGUUCCAGAGGUGAAGCUAAUUGACAGGAAACCUGUGGCAUCUGCCAUUGAAGUCACAUGUCAUGUGACUGGCUUCUACCCACGGGAGGUGCAUGUUGAGUGGUUGGGGGCAGACGAGCUCCCCCUGACCGAGGGUGUGAUCAGUGGGGAGGUUCUGCCCAAUGGCGAUGGAACCUACCAGCUGAGGAAGAUUCUGACGGUGCCAGAAGGUCAGGGAGCCCAAAGCUACAGCUGCCAGGUGACCCACAGCAGUGUGCCUGAGAACAUCACUGUCAGCUGGGCUCCGGCAAGGGCUCAUCUUUAUGGAAUAAUCCCUGGGUUCUUAUGCAUUGCAUUGGUUCUCAUGGUUUUAGCAAUCUUCGUCUUCAAAAAAAGGCGUGCAGCAGGGUAAAGGAUAUGAGCAGAAGCAUGAGGACAGAUUAAAGGAUGGAUUGGUGACGGGACUUAUAUCUACAGUGGAGAAUGUGAAACAGUAAGAACUGCAAGGGCUAACCGAACAAAAACAGGAGCUACAGUUUGGUCCUGCAGACACCGUUUUCCCUUUCAGCAGAGGGAUUUCCUCCAGUGCGCAGUUUGAGGCUCCGUAGUCGGUCAGAGAGGCUGGAACUUGUGCUGCAGUCUGUCACUGCAUAUGAAACAGCCACUGCUGCAGCGUCCAUCAGCACAGAGUGAAGUUAUUAACCUAUAACCUCUGAUUUCAAAGUGUAAUGUACUUUUAAACUUUCAGUAUUCUCACUCGA